UUUCUACCUUCCCCCUUACAGCAAUGGUAGCUUCUUCCACGACUUUCAAAUCUAUAUCUGUUUCUCUCUCAGUAGCAGGAAGGCCGGUUUCACACUUAUAAAACAUAAACACCUUCGGCUUCAAUCUUUAUCCAUCCACUGAUUUGGAAACCCACAAUAUCAUUAAGAGAUGCUUGUUAGCUUCUCAAUUUCCCAGAAAGAAAGAAAACAAGACAUGCAUAGGAUAUUUUAAAUCAUGAAGCUAGCGAUCAUCCGCAGAUCAUCAGUACAGACGCGGGUACGUACGGAAUGAAACUAGAUAAAAAGGGAUAGGAUGCAGCAGUUUUAACCGCCACGUACGUACGUACGUACAUGCCCCUCGAUGGACAACACCUUCCUGCUCGAUGAAGCCGGCCGUGUUGAUUUCUUCCGGUUGAUAAUGCACUCUAUUGGCAAUUCUUACAUUUGCCUUUGGUCAUAUCUUCGUCACCCAUUUAACAGUUUAUGCUUCCUGGAUGGAUUCUUUUACGAAGAGAACAAUCAACCUAGCUCUUCUUCAGGAAGUAAAGCUCGGAGGCUUUUUGACGAGUACCGGCAAGCAGCUUUCAUCGUCGAAAAUGAACGCGCUCCAGGAAUUGCUUUCAAGAAUAGUCUUCCGUAUGUAGAAAUCCAAGAAUUGGAGCUUCAGAAACUGGCAUCAACCGAAGCACAACGACAAUUCUAUCAGGAAGCAAGGAUUAAGACGGCAAUUUUUAUGGGGUGUAGGAGUGGAGAGAUUGAGAUAGGCUUUGUCAAUGUGUCUCAGGUUGACAUUGAGAAGGAAAUGAGGAGUUUGUUUCCAGGGGAUUUCUCUCCACAAAUUUGUCCAAUUAGAGAGCCUUUUUGGCGUCCAGAUCAAAAUCCACCUUCAUCCUCUUCAUCAAUAUCCUUGACAUCACCAUCAACGGAUAGCGCCGAGUACUCAUCCCUCCUGUUCAACAUUCCAAGCAAUGCCCACAUUCCAGAAACACCAAUAGAAAUUCCUUCAUUCCAUCAAAUGCCAACAUCACCUAGUCCAUACCAAGAAGCCAUGCAAGCAUUUGCACGAGCCCGAAACAUUCCGUUCCCAGCUCCAGAGACUGAAAAUGCUGCAGUGGCAAGAGCCUUCCUCGCCGUUCUAUCUUCAACUCCUACUUCGUCAUUAUCCCAUCAACCCCAGCAAAAUAAUUUGCCCUAUAAUCAUAGGGUAAUCUCAAAACCUAGUGCCUUCAAGAGUUAUGUAUCCGCUUUAAGACCAACGACCCAGAGGAGAGCGAAUCUCGGCAGGCAAAGCAUGCUCAAAAAAUCAAUUGCAUUCGUCAGGAGCUUAAAUUCUCUGAGAGUUCAAGAUCAACGUUUGCAAGCAACCCGCCCCACAAGCACUCAUCAGCUGCACCAUAUGAUUUCGGAGCGCAAGAGGCGGGAGAAACUCAAUGAAAGCUUUCAGGCAUUGAGAUCACUUCUUCCUUCAGGAACUAGGAAAGACAAAGCAUCGCUGCUUACUACAACAAGGGAUUACUUGAGUUCUUUGAAAGCCCAAAUUGCAGAGCUUACUCGAAGAAACCAGCUUUUGAUGGCGCAGCUUUUGCCUGCCAAAGAAGCCAUUAAUGUAGAGGAGACUAGUUUCUCGAACGAAAGACUCGGCAUUCGGAUCAUUCCACACGUCUUGGAUUCAACCAUAGAAGAGCCCAUAGUUGAGUUGCGAGUGACUGUAAGAGGUGAAUGUCCAAUGAAGGAUAUGUUGAUUCGCAUUUUGGGAUUCCUGAAGCAGGUUGAGAACGUAAGCUUGGUUUCCAUGGAGAGCAGUACCGGCCAGAUGUUGGAAUUCAUCUCUUCUAGUCGCAUAAGCUUGACAUUAAAAAUUGAGGAGAACGAAUUAUGGGACGAGGCUGUCUUCCUGGAAGCAGUGAGAAGGGUUAUUGCUGACUUGGCACCAUGACAACCAAUUAGGCGGCGGGCGGUGCACGAAUACCCAUAGUUUUCAAUGAUUGGUUGAAUUUCCAACUAAUCGCAUCCAGUCCAUUCAUCUCUGCAGCCUUCCAAUUUUGAGACUUUCAACAGAUAUGAUAUAGUCAAUCAUAUUCAAUUUUCAAGCACAGUGCGUCAUUAUAUUAUUACAAACAUGCGAUAAUUUUGUUUUGAUAUUUUGAUCAACUCAUGAUGUUGUAUGCAUUAAUUAGAAAAUCCUCCCAAUUGGGGACCAUGAAUGAAGCUGAUCCCUUAGCUUGUACCACACACACGUACACCCACACACAUAUUUAUAUAUCUUUGUUUACUUUCAAUUAUUCCUUUUUGGUGGGUUGUUCUAGAUCAUGA